AUGUCUCUAGCUCUUAAAGCAGAGCCGUUCCCCAUGAACUUACAUCAUCAAAUAUACCAUGAAGAAGACAGUAUCGACGCUUCUUCACCUGAACCUCAUUCACCAGCCGCUCAGAGCGACGUAGACUCGACAGACCACCUUGCCCACGACGACGUGCAGGAGGAGGAACAACAGUCCACACAAAACUCUAAAGCUGUUCUAUUACCCAAUUUUGAAAGCGUUUCGUACGACAAAGUUCAAGAUCUCUACGAAAAACGCAAAGGCACAUUGUAUUUUAUACCCGAAGGCUUUGAACCCGUACUGGUCCCAAAUGACACGAAAGCACAAACGGUCACGAAUCUACUAGAGACUGCUAAGCAGAUUUCGGCUCCAUUGAACGUGCCACGCAUGCUUCCAGAUACCGAUGUCCGUCUACCCACACUUGCUCUUCCGUGUGGUGUCACUGGUCCACAGUCAAAGGGAAACUCGCCCAAUGGCAAGUCAAAGGUGAAGAAACCCCCGAGACCGCCGAAUGCAUUUAUCCUCUACCGUCGUGCAAAGCAACCCGCCAUCGUAGCAAAGAAUGCUGGAAUCACAAAUAACGAAGUCUCAAAGGAAAUCGGUCGCAUGUGGCAUGAAGAACCGCUCGAAAUACGUCACAAGUUCCAGAAAAUGGCAGAGGAUGCCAAACAGGAGCACAUGAAAAAGUACCCUGAAUACCGUUAUCGCCCUCGACGCCCUCAAGAGCGAAAACGACGUGUUCCAUUAAGAGAUGCCCCCACGCCUACUCGUCGUGGCUCGACUCCAACACUCGCAUCCGACAAGCUUCAUCUCAUGGAAUCCUCUUCCGAGCCUUCAUUCCAGUCUCAGCGACGUGUUUCUACCAUAUCCAACGAAGCCGAUUCGCCAGACAUGUAUCCUCAGAGUCCGAAUAUUUCUCAGCAAUUGCUUCCUCAAGGAUUAAUCUAUCACAAUUCUACGCUCGUGAGUUCACCACCGCAGUCCAUAGGAAUAUUGGACGCUCAACUUCCACAAUAUCACUAUUACAUGUCGGCUAACGGGUUCGACCAGUCGCAGAUAAUGAACCAGGUUCCGCAGGUUGAUUAUGGUGUGUUUGACAGUCACAACGAUGGACAAUUCGAUGUGGUGGAAUUCGACGAGUUUGACAUGAAUAUGAACUUUGUAUCAAAUGAGGGAGAUGGUAUCUACUCGGCGCCUUACGUAAAGUAUGAUACUUACUAG